UGGGAUCAAGAUGUGAGACCAAGAAACUGUGUUUGAAGAAGGAAAUUUAUGAAAUAGAUUCAGCCCAGUGGGAGAUAAUGGGAAGACUUACAAGACGUGACCACCUUCAGUGCUCUAGUUUCAGGGAUGAUUGGAAAUGUAAUGGCCAGUUUGAGAAACAACAUGACUCUGAGGAGGGACGUUUUAGUCAACCAACAUACACCCAUGAAGACAUACCCACUUUUGGUCAGCAUCCAUCCUUUACAUUACAGCAAAUCCUUCAUAAUAAAGAGAAGUACUGUGCAACUAAGGAAUAUAGAAAACCCUUUAGACACGACUCACAGCUUACUACACAUCAGAUAAUUCAUACCAUUGAGAAACCCCAUGAAUGUAAGGAAUGUGGAAAAACCUUUAGACAUCCUUCCAGACUCAGUCAUCAUCAGAAAAUUCAUACUGGCAAGAAACCCUUUGAAUGUAAGGAAUGUGGAAAAACCUUUAUUUGUGGCUCAGACCUCACUCGACAUCAAAGAAUUCACACUGGUGAGAAGCCCUAUGAAUGUAAGGAAUGUGGGAAGGCCUUUAGUAGUGGCUCAAACUUCACUCGACAUCAGAGAAUUCACACUGGUGAGAAGCCUUAUGAAUGUAAAGAAUGUGGGAAGGCCUUUAGUAGUGGCUCAAACUUUACUCAACAUCAGAGAAUUCACACAGGGGAGAAACCCUAUGAAUGUAAGGAAUGUGGCAAUGCCUUUAGUCAGAGCUCACAACUUAUUAAACAUCAGAGAAUCCAUACAGGUGAGAAACCCUACGAAUGUAAGGAAUGUGAAAAGGCUUUUCGUUCUGGUUCAGACCUUACUCGACACCAGAGAAUUCAUACUGGUGAGAAGCCCUAUGAAUGUAAGAUAUGUGGGAAAGCUUAUUCUCAGAGUUCACAACUUAUUAGUCAUCAUAGAAUUCAUACUGGUGAGAAACCUUAUGAAUAUAGGGAAUGUGGGAAGACCUUUAAGAAACGCACAUCUCUUACUCCACAUCAGAGAAUUCAUUUUGUUGAGAAACCCUAUGAAUGUAAGGAGUGUGGGAAGGCUUUUAGGGUACGCCAACAACUUACUUUUCAUUACAGAAUUCAUACUGGUGAAAAACCCUAUGAAUGUAAGGAAUGUGGGAUGGCCUUUAGACAGACUGCCCACCUUACUCGACAUCAGAGACUUCAUUCCGUUGAAAAACUCUAUGAAUGUAAAGAAUGUAGAGAAUCUUUCAUAUGUGGCCCAGACCUUAGAGUACAUCAGAAAAUUCAUACUGGUGAGAAGCCCUAUGAAUGUAAGGAAUGUGGGAAGGCCUUCAGAGUGCGUGGACAGCUUACUCUCCAUCAGAGGAUUCAUACUGGUGAGAAACCCUAUGUAUGCACAGAAUGUGGAAAGGCCUUUAGACAAUAUGCACACCUUACUCGACAUCAGAAGCUUAACAAUGCUGACAAACUCUAUGAAUGUAAAGAAUGUGGGAAGGCCUUUUUGUGUGGCUCUGGCCUUAGAGUACAUCACAAACUUCAUACUGGUGAGAAACCUUAUGAAUGUAAGGAAUGUGGGAAGGCCUUUAGAGUGCGACAACAACUAACACUCCAUCAGAGAAUUCAUACUGGUGAGAAACCCUAUGAAUGUAAGGAAUGUGGAAAGACCUUUAGUCGUGGUUAUCAUCUUAUUCUUCAUCACAGAAUUCAUACUGGUGAGAAACCUUAUGAAUGUAAAGAAUGUUGGAAGGCAUUUAGUCGUUAUUCACAACUUAUUUCACAUCAGAGCAUUCAUAUUGGUGUUAAACCCUAUGACUGUAAGGAAUGUGGGAAGGCCUUUAGACUACUUUCACAACUUACACAACAUCAGAGUAUUCAUAUUGGUGAGAAACCCUAUAAAUGUAAGGAAUGCGGGAAGGCCUUUAGAUUGCGCCAAAAACUUACUCUACAUCAGAGCAUUCAUACUGGUGAAAAACCCUUUGAAUGUAAGGAAUGUAGGAAGGCCUUUAGACUUAAUUCAUCCCUUAUUCAACAUCUGAGAAUUCAUUCUGGUGAGAAACCCUAUGAAUGCAAGGAAUGUAAGAAGGCCUUUAGACAACAUUCACACCUAACCCAUCAUCUGAAAAUUCAUAAUGUAAAAAUGUAAGAAAGCCUUCAGUCCCUUGUUAUAGAACAUGCUAGGAAUGUAGGAAUUAAUCCCUUUUGCUUCAUACAUGCAGUAAUUUAAUAUAUUCUACCAUUACUCAAACCUGAUAAACUUCACAUUCAUUCUAAAAACUAAUAACAAAUGUGGGAAACACACUUAUCUCUAUCCCAUUACUUUCCAACUUAUGUUAUAUUGAACAAGAUGCUUAACUGCUCUGUGCUGUAAUUCAUUCGUAAAAUGAUAAUAUGCUGUGACAGAGUAGAAAUUAUCACAAAUUCACUGAUACUUCUCCCAUAAAGAGGUGGAAUCCACAUCCUUUCCCUUUGAAUCUGGGCAGACUUUGACCAGUAGAAUAUAGUAGAAAUACUGCUGUGCCAGUUUCUGGACCCAGGGUUUACUUGUAGAUUUUACUUCAUCUCUUGAGAUACUCUCUCAAGUUCAGAUCCUAAAUUGUAAUGUUAAGAAGUCUGUCUACACUAUUGAAGGGACCACAUGGAGAGGCCCAAAGACAACAGAGAGUGAGAGGUACUCUGCUUGGUCCAGCCUUACAGACAUGUCCACCAAGACACCAGACAUUUGAGUGAAAUAGUUUUGGAUCGGCCAGACUAGCCACCAGCAGAAUGCCGCUGGGUGACUCAGUUGAUGUUAUACAGAACAGAAUUGUCCAACUGAGCCCCUGCUCAAAUUCCUGACCCACAAAAUCAUGAGAUAUAGUAAAAUGGUUGUUUUAAGCCACUAAAUAUUGUUUUGUCAUUAUUAAUAUUACUCUUGAAAAUUCAUAAACAUGGGCACAGUGAAUAUGGAAAUGCCUUUCACCAACACUCAUCCCUGUUGGACUUCAGAUAACCUAUUGUUAAAAUAGUGAAAGUGAGAAAUGCUUUUUCAAUUCAUUAAAAAGCAGAUUUUCUGCAAUAUAUAUUCUGUGACCUCGGUCUAAAUUUAAUUUGAAAUUAACAAAGGAUUACAUAAAAAGAAACUAUUUAGAAAUUUAAAAUCACCUGUAUUAUAACUCCUACAAUAAUUUUUUUAAAAUAUUGCAGCCUUUUUUUUUAAUGCUCAAAUUGUCUUAUCUUUGGCCAGAUAGUCCCUCAAAUGGGCUCCUGUGUCCUUUGGUCAUGACCACUGUAGCCUUUGAUAACUUCUUAUUUUUCUAACCAAAUGCAUUGGUCAGCUGUGAAGCAUAUUAGGACAUUUAUUGGUAAAUAAAUGGGGGAAAUGGAGCAUUUAUCUCAUCUUCCUUUAUGAACCAUAUUUUAAGACACCCAAAAGUUGGUGAAGGAAGUUCUGUAUUAUUAGAGAACUCCAGCAAAUAAAAGUAAAAGGAAUGAUAGAAUUUGAAAUAUCGCACUUUUUUUUUAAGCCAUCCUGCUACCUGUUGGC